AUGUGGCAUCGUGCUGGAGAACCUGGUGGUGCAGCACGCGCUCAACGGCGUGCACGUGGUCCCCCAAGUGAUCCGUUUCCCUCACACCCUUCCCGUCAAGUGAUCCGUUCCCUCAUGCCUCAUUCCUCAUGCGAUCCGUUUCCCCUCCCGUCACGCCCCUCGCUCUCCUUCUUUCCCCCGUUCAACCUGGUGGUGCAGCACUCGCUCAACGGCGUGCACGUGGGCGGGUGCCAGUUCGCUGCGCGCCGAGUCACCUUCCAGCACAACGUCGCGGAUAAGAGCUCCACUGGCGGGGCGGUUUUCAACUCUAGAGACAGCUCACCCACUGCUGGCUCGCCCCUGCAGUUCACCACCGGCUUCUUUCUCAACAACACCGCGGCUGGCAUUGGCGGCGUUAUCAACGUGGGAAGAGACCCUACGGGAGGGCCGGUAUCUCACCACCUGCUUCUUCCCCCCAUGUCCCAUUUUUACUCCCCAUCCAGCUCUAGGGCCAGCUCACCCACUGCUGGCUCCCCUCUGCAGUUCACCACCUGCUUCUUUCUCAACAACACUGCGGCUGGGAAUGGCGGCGUUAUCAACGUCGGGAGGGACCCUACGGGAGGGCCGGAUGUGAAGAUUGCUAAGUGCGCUUUUAGUAAAAACUCGGCGGGAGGCAGUGGAGGCGCGAUUUAUUCCGAAGGGAGUGAGCUUUACCUGCGCCAGUCGACGUUUUCGCAGAACACUGCUGCUCGUGGCGGCGGUGCCAUCCUCACCACAAGCCCAAUCCUCACAUCCAUCGGCAAUCGAUUCUCCGCCAACUCAGUGGUCAACGGGCGAGGCGGUGCCAUCUCCAUGCAGGCAGAGGAGGUGAAAGUCCAGUUCUGCAGGAGCAACUUCCGCCGUAACAGGGCUCUGCUGUACCCUGUGUCGAAUGACAUGAACGCCGGGACGAGUGACGGCACCGUGACCGUGUGUGGGAGCACGGGGCCGAGACGCAUCCGGAAAACUCCCGCUUUGAAGGGAGUCCAGAGCUGCAGUGGCUGCACUGGCUGCUCUAACGACUGCAACGGUCAUGGCACGUGUGCGUUAGACGCCGAUCUCAACCCCUCCUGCAAGUGCCAGAGCCAGUUCGACCCUGCUGAAGCCUGCGCUGUGUGCAAGAUGGGAUACACAAUGGGGUCCAAGUGCUCUGCCUGCGCCCAGGGGUUCUUCUCAGGCCAGAAGGGGCGCUGCAGCGCGUGUGGCAGCGUGGAUAAGAUUCAAGGGCUCGCAGGCGAGCUUUUCUACAACCUCAACAACGUCACACUAGCGGCUUCGCCCAAGCGCUGCCAGCAGAUGUGCCAGACGGCGCAGGCACAGACGAAGCUGUAUAAGAACUACUGCAACCUGUGGGCCUUUGUUGAGUACAGACCGAUUGUUGGGUUCCUCAACGGUUGGGCCGCGUCACGGGUUAGUGACUGUUGGGAGUUUUGUAGACACGGAAACAGGGGUUUCAGAGUGGUUGGCUUGAAAGGUGGAGAGAUUGACAGGUGUGGGGCAGAGACGAGGAGAGGAAGAGAGGAGGGUGGUACUGGAAUGGACUCACGAGUUGGAGGAGGAAGGGGAAGAGGAGGAGAGAGCGUUGCGGGAGAGAAAGAGGGAGAGGAGGGAGAGGGAGGCGAAGGAGAGGGAGAGAGAGGAGGAGAGGAGGAGGAGGGUGGAGGAGGUGAGGAGGAAGAUGGAGGCAGCUAG